AUGUUUCCGAAACACAAACAACAAGAAGAGCAGCGACCAGGAGCCAGCAGACACACACUGAUACGCAGCUGCGACAGUUGGAGGCGAGGGGGAAAAUAAUAAAUAAAAUACAGAGCGCGACUUUGUGAAAGUACGAUUCUGUCGAAUAAAUACGUUUACAGUGUUUAAAGAGACCAAUGCAUAUAAUAUAGUGGCUGUGAAGACGCCGUGCAGACAACCAGUCUGGUAGCUAUAAACAGUGAAGGUAAGCCAUGGUUCCUCUUUGCAGCUUGUCUUUAGCUAGCUGGCUAACGUGUGCUAAUGAGCUAACCUCCGCUCUUGCUGCUCGAAUGGCAUGAAUUUAUGGUUGGCGAUAAUGGUUUUGUACCAGGUUUCUUUCGUGUACUCAAAAUGCGAAUUCCUGUUUUCAUAUCUUUGUAUUUGCUGUGUUUACUUUGCGUUAGCUGUGGUGUAACACCGACAGUGGAGUGGAGGUGGUCGUCCGCACAUUGGCGGAGUAGGCCGGGGAGUCUGAUUCCAACACUCCGCCCCCUCCGCCAUCAUAUCUGGUGUCAUUUGAACCAAGAAGCAAAGGCCCGGCGUUAAAACGGAUGCAUUUUAAUUGCUUUUAAAGCUAGCUAUUCGCCUCUCUGUUUUUUCACAAGUGAAAUAUGAUAUUCUGUGGCAAAUGUUGUUGCAUCUAUAGUUGAAUUAUUUUUAUUUCCACUGAUGUUUCUGCUGAAAUUAGUUUGAAAGUCGAACAAUGUACACGCCAAACAGCGUUAGCUCGUAGCCACUGACGUUAGCUAACGUUAAGCCAUGCUAACAUUUUGUCUAAAUGUUAAUCAACCUUAGGACUAAAUUUUUUUGCAAACCAAUGUUACGAAUACCUUCAUUAAAAAAAACCCUACUUAAUCUACUUGAAAUGGUAACCGCCACGUUUUGGAAUGUAUAGCAUUCGCAAACACUCAAAUUAAUGACAAUGAAAUUCAUCUGACUAAAUGAGAGCUAACUUUACUGUCAUGUUAACAUGGCACAGUUUAGCGUAUUGCCACAUACAUAUACUGAUAUAAUUUUCCGUUCAGAGCCCGAAGUUUGACUUUUGGUCGGAUCCUGACUCACCACUUUCUUGCUUAAGAUGAUAUUUGAAUGCCGUAUAUCGAUUUGAUCUUGUGUGCUAAAAUAGCUGUAGGUUUUUAUUUCUCUUCUUUCGUGCCUAUUUUCAUCCAAUUGGUCAAAUGACUAAGAAAGCAAUUAUACAAAAUGUGAGCAAUACGUUUUCUGUAAUUGUCCAAUAUACAGCACUUAUAAAUCAGGCACACAAUAUCAUAAAUAAUGUGUGUAAAACAAAAUGAAAUUUAGGGGUUAAGGAGUUAAAAAAAAUUAAACUGUUCGUAAAAGUACUGUUACUGAAAAGAUAUUUUGGUCAAGUAGAAGUAAGUCAGCUAAUUUUUGCAGCUAUAGAUCUUUAUAUAUGCUACUGAGUUGGCCAACCUACACUGAAUAUGUUGGGGUGAAGAGAGUAAGUUAUGCCCUGCAAAGCGUACAAAAGUGUAUUUCAUAAAUAGAUUAUUGGGAUCAAAAGCCUCCAGGAUAAAUGUGUGCAUGUAGUAGUUGACGGAUGUUAGAUUUCCAAUGGCUGGGUGCUGGAGAACAGGUCAGUAAUGCACUUCUCAGAUGGUCACAGCACACUCUGGUCAUGGCUGGCUGUGCAUAAAGGCUUGUUACUAUGAGCCAGAAAUUGCUUUCGGUGUAGCAAGCAAAAUUUUCUUGGUAGGAUUUUUGAAACAAUAUUUUAUUGGUUUAAAGAUACUAGUGUAGAAUUUUUUGCUAAAAUAUCCUGAAAAUUGGAUAUAACUUUACAACAUGAGUAUUAAGAUAUUUUUGACUAGAAAUGAGACCAAUUUUUUAAAGUAGGAUUUGAGUUUUUUUGUGUAGACAUAACCCAACCAGGUGGCUGAGAUGCAGUUGAUUGAAAGCUUGUGUGUUCUUGCAGUUGUUUGUCUCGUAAUUGAUGCUUUUUAAAAUCUAGAAAAGUACUUUACUUAACAUAAGAGAAUAUGUGGAAAGCACAAGUGCACAAAAAGAAAAGCUUCCAUUAUUGUGAGCAAAUGAAGUGAAUUACUUUCUACCCCAGCAGUUUAUUUUUUUUUUCACUGAUCUACACAAUGUUUUUUGCUCUGUAAUAGUGAGAACAGAAGGGAUGUCUUGCAAUGUUGUCGAAAAUAAAUGUCGAUAAUAAUUAGUGUUACCAUGUAUGAUAUAAUAUUGCAAAAUACAAUAUGAUAAACAUCGUACAUGGUAAGAAAUGUGACUUGGUUAUUUCUCUGGUCUUUUCUGUACCUUGCUUUUUGAUAUCAUUGCUUUGGUCGUCAGCAAGCUUUGCGGCUUUUCUUUUCUUACACAUUCAUUGUGAUUCACUGAUAUUAGUGGGAUCACUUCUGGCUGACUUCCACAUCAGGACGCCAAAUAGUGCCACUCUUUAAGCAUUAAACAGACAUGGAGAUUACUCUGUUACUGUACAGUGGCUCUUUGAGGUCAAUGUAGACAUUCACAUCAAUAGAAGAGUUUGUGAUUAAUAAAGAGCGGAAAACAGUCUUAACUUAUGGAAACAAUAAUAGUAUCUUUAGAUUGUGGCAAACUGGACAACUGCUUUAACAUAGCUUUUUAUGAAUAAUCACAAACUAAUCAUGCAUUGACUGUAUAGAGAAGUUUUGAUGUGUAUGUGAAUAAACUCUUAAAGUUCAGACAAUUUUACCAGAGCUUUCAUCAGGAAGGGCAUUGAUGUGCUUUACAAAAAAAUAUAGAAAAGCUCAAACCCAAAUCACUCCAUUCCCUGUAAUUUGGUUUAAUGUUACAGAAGUGUGGACCAUGUUUUUUGCUUUGAUUCUAUGCUGUGUUUAUGCUGUAGUGGCCUAUGCCUUUGUGAGCACAACCUCUGCUCUGCAGUACUUCGCCUAAACAGUAGUUGGCAGUGGCAUUUGUAUACUAUUCAUCUCACCAGUGUCCAAUUCCACCACAUUCGCUGCUUGUUUGUGCACAGGAAACCAUGCCAACUAAAUCGGGGCAUAUUAUGCUGGAGAUGGAGCUGAUAAAUGUUGAGCAGCAGAUGAUUAUGCUGCAGUUAUUGCAAAGAAGGAAAGCUGAGUCAGUUUAGGCAGGGGCCAGUGGUACAGAUAAUAAUGAGGCUUGCAAUCUGCAUCGUUUCGACGCAUAGUUGUUUAACAUCGUGGUUACACUAAUGCCCUCGUAGGCCACUGAUGAUCCUAUCAGUGUUUUAAAGGGUUGCCCCUUGUCACGCUUACUUAAUCUUAUAAAUUCACAUAAUGUACCUCUUUAUCUUGAAAAAAAGAAUUUAGUCAAAACGUUAUAAUUUGACAAAGCUCGGUCUUUUAUAUCUGGAAAAACAUUGACCAUCUAUAAGCUCAAUAUAAGCAUAGAUAAGUUUAACUGAAACCUGUGAAAUCAGUUUUCCUCGAUUCCAUCUUAAGUUUCCCUUAAUCCUGUUUUCCACUUAAAUUUUUCUGAAUUAUUUCUUUUAUGAUCUGUCCACAUUUUGUCACCUGAAGAGUGUCUAAAAAUGUGAUGAAAGAAGUGCCAACAAUUCAACAUCUCAGUGAAAUAUCCUAAACAUAACGAAUUAUUCAUUGGCAGGAUACUUCAUACAGAUGCCCAAAUAACCCAACUUGUGAUUUGAGAUGUUUCACUCCAUAUUCUGUUCUUACAAAAGGCAAUCAGCAAGUGGACAAGGCCUAUUAAUGAAAAGAGAUUAUUAAAACUAUUGAUUAUGGAUGGUUAUCGUUUAAGAAUUAAAAAAGGAAAAAGUGUAUAAUUGUUUCACAGCCAUACUGCUGAAGUAUUGUAUGAGUUGAAUUCAGUGAAGAACAACUACAUUUCAGCAAAUUUCACGACAUUCCACAUUUUAGGGUUGAUGCCACUAUUAUCAUCUAAGUCUGUGUUUCUGUCCGUCAGUGUUUUCUGCAUCCCGGAAAUCAUAUGUUCGACCUAAGCAGAAGUGUGGUUUUAGAAGCAGCUGGUUCAUAAGGCCGCUGAAAUAGACUCUGGGUUUCUGGAUGAAGAAUCUCCUAUAAGGGGCAGUAAAGUUCAGCCAUGACUGAACAUUAGACUACAAAUAGUUUCAAGUUUCACUCGGCUUAGAGUGCUCUAAAUGCUUGAUCAAAUUGGGUUGUGCCUUUCGGGAGUUAGAGUUGACACUGCAAAAUUGGUGUGUCAAGGUUCCUCAUUGAAAAAUUGAAUUACGUUUUCUUUCCUAUCACAAACACAAAGGCAGGCUGCCAAGUUGAGAAAAUGCUCCCCCCACCAUCAGUUUAGUCAUGUGUUCACUUCUAACACCAUGCUUUCCAUCUCAUUUCCAGUGGUGCAAAAGGAGGAGGACGGGAAAUCAAGGAGUUACCUGGAGGGUCUCCAUCAAUCCACAUUUCAGUUGGAGGGAGAGAAAAAGGCACAGAGAGAGAGAGAGAGAAACGGAGAGAAAGGAGAAGAGGAGUGCGAGUCGCGUCUGCUCUUGGCAGCUGUUCCAGCAGCCUGUUCAUUGUUUUGGCUGUUAUUUUGUUCCUGCGUUUUCUUUUUGAUGAAUCAGUUCAUAUUUUAAACUUCGAUGUGAGAUAUUACUGCUGUAAAAAAAGAAAAGAAAACAAGCAAACUGUUUUAUUUUGUUCCAUUGUUGAUUUCUAAGGUUCUUUUGUUUCUUUUUUACGUUUAACAACAUUUUUCGGCUGUGAGUAGCAGGAGCUUCCAUUCUCCAAACUAUUGUCAAACCCCCUUCCUUAACCAGUUAGGACCUUAUAACCUGGUAUUCCUCAAGCACCUGAAACUGGCAGCUAUUCUCUUUUUGUCUGUGUGUUUGGGGAGCUCUGUGACCACAGCUUAAGCACCACUCAGCCUUUUAGUCACCUAAGCCUAACUAAAGCCAGCCAGCUCUAGCCUGGUCCAGCUCAGUCCAGCCUGCUCCUAUCAUCUGGACAGGGUAAGAUGCUUCAGAAGACAUAUAUUUCUUAUCUGUUUAUAUUUUCAGGCACUUUAAAGGCCAAAAAAUAAGACUGUAUUUUUUUUCCUCCUCAGAUACUCAGUUCUGUGUGGACGUGAGGAAUAUGACUGCUGAGACUCUUAACUUCGGCCCAGAAUGGUAACUUAUCUGACUUCUUUACAAUAUUUCAUCUCUCUUCAUUUUUUGUUUGUUUGUUCUGAAGACAGAUGGGACAUUCAAAUAUAAAAUGUAGAGAAUGUGUGACUUCUGUCACUUUAAUCAUGACUUAGUAAAUUUUCUGAAAUGUUUUAAGCUUUUCAAAUUUAAAUCAAGUAUCUGUGUUUGUGAGUUGGUGCGGUUCAAAUUCUACAGAAUUUUCUUCAGGAAAUUUUGGCCUUGUUACAUAGUCAUCUUGUGCACAUAGUAUUUAGUUCUUAACAGACUUAAAGUUAGUAGCUGAACCCCGAUAGUGGAUUUUAUUAAGUGCAGUUUUACCUGUCUGUCAUAAUACCACCUUUUCACUGUACUAUAAUUGUGAUAUAAACUAAUAAACUUAAAAUAAAAUCAUCACAAUCUGUCAGAGAGAGGAAAGGCAAAGCGUGUGGAGCGACACAUUAUUUCAUAAAGUUUUCAUCAAAUUGAUGAACUUAUUGAAAUGUUACCAUCCAUUUCUGAUGCUCAGUGUUAUGUUUCAUCCAUGUCACCAGCCCCGUGACAAACCUCUUAUACCACUUCUAAAACUUACCGCCAUCUUUGUGUUGUUCUGCUUCACACAUUUUCCACUAACAAUGUGUCCAGUACAGUACCUGGCUUUUAAUGAUCAUUUCCUCUUCCUUGAUUUGCAUUGCAGUAGUAGCUACACACAGCAGUCAAUGGUAGUGCAGGUUACCUAGCUUGCCUUUAUAAAGUGAUUGCAAAAAUGUGCUUUUUUAUUUUGAAAUGAUGUCUACAUGGUGGCAAUUUGUGCAAAGAAGCACAAAGAACCACCCCAUACUAUGAACUAAUUGGUAAUGUUUUUUAAGCACAAUUAAAAAAAAAAAAUCAUUUUUUGAAGAUGGAUAUCAAUACUUAUAGUAGUAUAAUGUAGUAGCCAUAAUGUGGAUUGCCUAACACAAGAUAUACUUAUCUGCCUUUUAGCCAUAUCUUAUGAUAUUGGUGGAUUGUAGACUGUUUGAUAAAACUAUCAAGCUCCAAACAUCUUAUCUUCUUGAUGAAGGAGGUGCAUUUUCAUGGUUUUAUGAACUACCUCAUUGAUGAAAAAAAGUAGUAAGUAGAAUUGAUUGUUGCGUAUGUUGUUCCAGAUUUAUCAACUUGCAAUUCUCACUUCACUCUACACAUCACAAUUCCUUUGUUCCAACAUCAGAAAAAAAAGAGAGCGAGGCAGUAAAUCAUUUGUACUCUGCCUCUGCAGAGUGUGUUUGUGUUGCGAUUAAUGGGCGGCGUAGUCUCCAGUUUGGUAGCACUCCAUCUCUAACGGCCUGUGACCGCUGUGUGCAUUCUUGGUGCAAUGCCAUUUCUCUCUGUACACAUCUACAGCUGGGUCUCUCUUAGUGGUCAUUCUAGCUCAUUUUAUUCUUGUAAACUUUUAUGAUGGAGUUUCAACUGUUUUGAUGCUUACCAUGGACAGCUGACUGGUUGGCAUAUUUACACAUUUUUUUAUGCCCUUUAGAAUCACAAAAUUAGUCAAACCAUUUGAAGCUUUGUUGGCAGUGGAGUCAGCAAAUGUAUUAGUCAUAUUGGUGAAAUUCUUUGCAUUCUUAGCAACAAUAUCAGUAUAGCUAUUGCUCUUUAAGACUCAUAAAACCAUGAUGAGUUUGUCUUUUAAAUUUAGAUUUAUGGACAGGAAAUAUCUGUGAAAUUCCAGUGCCUCUAUUUGGGAGGAAAGAUGCAGUUUUGGUUAAGUAAAAACAACCAAGUGGUUACAGAUAGGCUCAAAGACUUUUGAGGGUCCAACAAUAACUCUGUUAUUGGGCAUCAUUGGUCACACUUCUGCCCAUUUUCACUCAAUUUGAUUUAGCGUGUGCUGCCAACUUACCAUUCAUGAUGCCACACCUCUUAAGCCCAGCGUCUGUUUCUCCUCGUCUUUGGGAUACAUAUGGUUUUGAUGUGCUGCUAGAGGUCAAUGACACACUUUGUAGAGGCAUGUGAAUAGAGCCAUUGUUAAAAAGCAGAGCUUGGAGUCUAGCCUGCUGGUAAUAGCUGUUUAAAAUGAAAACUGGAGAUUGGAAAGCUAAUAUAUCGUCCGUGUUGAGCCAAGGGAAUUGAAGGAGACCUGCGUAGGAGUAGGGUUGAUUUGUUACAGGACAUCAAGUAAAUUCCUUUCUUCCCUGCUGCGAGAUGAAUGCUAUUCUCUCAUUCAGAUUAAAGGGGAAUUUGUCACUGUUGCACAAAAGCUCUCAAUUUGUUUUGGUUGUACAUUCCACCGGAGAGUUUACACCAGGUUGUCUGUCAGUAAUUCUUCGACACUAAAUUGAAGCUCCCCUUGAUAGUGGAAAGUAUUGCUUUAGGCAGUAACAACAGAAGAACACUUUCUGUUGAAACACUGACAGGUAUCUUUAUUUCUUCAUGAAUUUGAUGUCCUGCUUAUUUGAUCAUUGAUAACAUAUCAAAGCAUUAUUGUAUUUCUCUUAUUCAUUGCCCAACCAAUAUACCAUAACCUCCAUGACCUCGUCCCUCCGUACCUGACUGAACUCCUCCACAUAAACACACCUAAACGGACUCUCAGAUCAUCAUCCCCCAUCAAUCUCACUACCCCUCUGGCUCGUGUGACUACCAUGGGGUCCAGAGCCUUCAGCCAGUCUCUGGAACUCCCUCCCUGCGGACAUCUCUAACAUCAACACAUGACUAUUUUUAAAUCACACCUCAAAACCAACCUGUUCAAACAAGCAUACCCACCCUGACUGCCACUCUGCAGACCUCCUCUUUUUCAAACUGUGACAUCUUUUAAUUAGUUUUUUUACUGCGUGUUUUAUACCUGUGUCCUUGGGUGUUUUGAAAGGUGCCUAUAAAUAAUUUUACUAUUAUUAUUAUUAUUAUUAUCAUUAUUAUUAUUAUUAUUAUUAUUAUUAUUAUUGCAGACAGCUAAAUUAUUACUGAUCUUGUAUUCACCUUGCACAGAUAUGUUGGUAUCAGACUGUGUUUCUCCUGGUAUGUAAUGACAUAAAGAUUUUUUCUUUGGAAGCAGUUUGCCCAACAGAGGGCUCUUUCACUUAGUUGUUUACAGUACUCUCAGCUGUGUUGAAUGGUGCAGAACAAAACUGCUGAGCUUGCAGUGGUCCACGCUAAAAGUUGCAGACCACAUGAACAGUGUUAAAGCAUUUUUACUGAUGGUAAUUCCUCAAGGAAUUAACCACCUGAGUCCCUUCACAUGUGCAUACCCCAGUUCUUAAACUUGGGAUGCUGUCUGAAAAGUAGAUUUUAACAGAUUUUGAAGGUUUACUGAUCAUUUGAAUUAAAAGAAGUGCAGAAACAACAAAUCAAAUGUAGAAACUAUUAUAAUUUUUUAUAGCAAUAUGCUUGGUUGAUUUUUAACAGCUAUAGUAUGCUAUCUCCAGAUGAAGAGAAUCCAAAUGAAAUCUCUGUUGAAGGGCCAAGGCCCAAAAUCAACAUGAGAUGGCUGUGAUCGUCAGGCCUUGAGGUGGCACUGAAUUGAAGGCAAUCCUGGCUGUAGUAAAAAACACACCAUGAAGUUAAAUCAUUCAGAUAAAAUUUCCGUCAGUGAACUGCAUCCACAGUCAGGUUGAAACUGCACCAUAAAACGACAAAAACAGUGUAAACAGUGUAAAUAUAAGCCACAAAUGCGAAUGAGGUUUCUGACCCUGAGAGCAUUUAAGAAGGGCUGCUUCAAACUGGAAACUGUCCUGUGGUUAAGCAAAUUGAAAUUUGACAGUCUUUAGAAAACCAUGGACACCUCAGCCUUCCCCAGCUUUCUAUCAGCCCACAGUUUAAAAGCCAGCGUCUUUGAUGGUGUGAUGCCAAAGUGCGCACAUGGCACGGCUAGGUCACUUAUCUGCGAAGGCAGCGUUACAGCUGAACACCUUACAGGUUUUGGAGCAACAUAUGCUGCCUUAAGGACGAUGCCCCUUUCUGGGAAAACCUCGUAUAAUUUCAUGAAGACGAUGCCAAACCAUAUUCUGCAACAGCAUGGCUUUGUAGUAGAAGAAACAGGGUGCUAAACAAGGUGGUAAAACUGGCCUGCCUGUAGUUCCAACUAAUCACCCGCUGAAAACCUUCAGCACAUUAUAAAACAUGAUCAAAAUGACUAAGGAGACCCUAAAACUGUUGAGCAGCUGAAAUCCUGUGUUGUGCAUGAAUGGGACUUUCGUUUUGGAAUGUCUCGUUCUGUUUGACACUGCCAUGAAAAAUAUUGUAAUAAGAUGACCAUGGUCCUAAUCUUGAAUAAUUCCUCACACAGGCUCCGUGCACUGUCCAGUGGGGGGAGUGUGACAUCCCCCCCUCCUUCCCCCGCCAUGCCAAAGUACAAGCUGGCCGAAUACCGCUACGGCCGAGAGGAAAUGUUAGCACUUUAUAUCAAAGACAACAAGGUUAGUUAAACUGCACCAAGUCCUGACAAAGUUUCAUCUAACUGUAGGAAUCAAAGAAAGAGAUUUUUAAUUAUGAAGGAAUGUUGUUCAAGUCAGUAGUGUCAAAAGAUAUUUUGGAAUAAGUCAAUUUUGUCCCACUAACUGUCCAUGUUGGUGGUUUUAGGUCCCAGAGGACAUGCAGGAUAAGGAGUUUGCUGCUAUUCUGCAAGAUGAGCCCAUGCAGCCACUGGCACUGGUGCCUCUCACUGAGGAGGAGCAGGUUAGCCAUAAACGUGCUGAUUAACACUGAUACCUGCAAAUAUCAAAUCUGUUUCAGGUGGAAAUGAGACAUGUGAUCAUGAUACAAGCGCAGUUCCAAAGCAGGCUAUUCUGUUGGUUCACAAAUGGGCUGUGCGCUCACAUUCCUCACAUUCCUCCCCUUUGCUUUUUCCAUUCUCUCUGCAGAGGAACUUCUCCAUGUCUGUGAACAGUGUGGCGGUGCUAAGGCUCAUGGGAAAAGGGGUGGGUGGGGCUGCCCCAGCUGGAGUGGUCAGAGGACGUGGGGCCACGCGAGGUGGUCGAGGUAAAACUAAAAGCAACAAAAGAGUAAACAUGGUCAGGAAUAAAGUAGAGCAUUGAUUCAGCCUAAGCCAACUCAUUAUAAAUCCACAAACACUUGUGGUCGAGCUAACAUGAGUCCAACAGCAACAGAUUUGCUGCCCAAAACCCUUGGCUGAAACUACAAUGGCUGUUUUCCAGGGAGAGUAAGAGUUUAUUCAAGCCAGCCACUCUGGAGUGUUUAUUUCCCUUUUUCCACCAUCUUUAUGCUGCACACUUCCUCUUGGCCUGUCUAAAUAGUCCUCCUUUUGUCCAGCCACACCUGCUCAGACCACUGGGCUUCUGAACUCACCUCGUGCACAUGCAGCAUUCACUCAUUUGUGGCCAAAGUAAGCCAUCCUGUUCAGGAAAGCCAAGGAAGUAACAUAGACCAAUGAUGCUGCAUAGGUUUCAUGAUUAAUGUGCAUUUGUUACAAUAUGUGUAGCCAUCUGUUGCUAAUUUGGUUUUGGCGCUAAGCAUAUUUUGUGCUGAGUUUGUUAAAUUCUUUAUCUAACACAUUCAGAAUAAACUGAUCUUACAGAAAAUAGUAAGAGCUCAGUCCUGUGAAGCAAAUGCCUCAGAUUGGCUUCAAUGGGUGAUCACGCAUUCUUACAUUUUGUUGAUAAUAGUUUUAACCCUCUCACAAUGUACACCAUCAGGACGAGGUCGUGGUGAAGGUGGUUUCUACCAAAGAAGUAUUGAAGAUGCGGAAGUGGGUUUUGGCCGCAGUGUGCGUGAGAUCCACCGCAGCCAGAGCUGGGAUGACCGGUGAGGAAAGCAAGUUUUUGGGAAACAUCCUUGAUAUUGAGGGAUAUAUUUUUGACUUAGAGUAGGAGUCAUAUCUGCAUGGACUUAACUAAAGUACAUUUUUGUGUUUUUAAUGUAUUAUUUUUUUUUGGUAGGCCAUAUUAAAUAGUGUCACCUUAAAUCUGCAUCUGUUUGAUGCAAAUUAUAGCUUUCACUAGGACAAAACUAGUUCUGUUCAACACUAAAUAAGAGCAUCUGUGAUGACAACAUCUUCAGUAUUUCUGAUUCAUUAUUCAACUGUUACAAUUUUUUUCCUGAAAUUUCCUCAGUGGUGAGCGUCGAUUUGAGAAGCCACUGCGUCGGGAGGUGGGGCGUCCUGGCUUUGAGGAGUCUGGAGGUCCCACGGGUCCUCUAAGGAAGGAGUAUGCAAGGGCUGACAGUGAUAACUGGCGCACCCUACGAGAGGAGCAGGAGGAGGAGGAGGCCGAGCCAGGCAGCAACUGGAGACUAACUGGACCCCGUAGGGAUGGUAUAAGAAAUACAAACAUUUAUUAAUUCACAAAAGAGCUGCCUCAAAUUCGCUAAAGCCUCAUGAUACAAUUCCCUCUUUCCUUAAAUCCCCUAACUCUUAUCUAUAUAAUGUCAAAAAAGGUGAAGUCCUAAUAUAAAGAUUGCUGUUCUUAUAACUGGUGGUGACUGGGAGGGGGGAUGAAUCAGGAGGGGGGAUGAAUCAAAAACAUAGCUCUGCUUUCAAACGGUCAUGAAGAUGCUAUUUAGGGGAAAGAAUGUUUUGUUGGUUCACUCUGUUUUGUAGUGAAGCUCUUGUUUUUUAAAUUUUUAAUGUGAUAGAAAACAAAAAGUCCACAGAAAGGCAGUAAAGCAGAGGUUUGAGCUCUCUGAUAGCCUGAGAGCCAAUGUUUGCUCCUUUCAAGAUAAUUUAGUAACUUUGGAUUGUAAUUUUAGGGCAAUUUACUGUUGAGGCUGUAAUCUGACAUUGGUCACUGCUGACGUCUGGUCUGCUGAUUAAACAGUGUCAUUCUUAAGUUUGAGGCCAUAUAACACAAUAUUGCAAGAGCUUAUGGUGCCUAGCUGUCGGCCUACUAUGUCUUGCAGAUCUAUACAGUAGAUAUAGUGACAUCUAGUGGCAGUGAAGAGGCUCAUACAAGAAAAAAGACCAUGGUGAAGUAGCUUACUUUUAAGCCUUGUAGUGAAAACAAGAGACAAAAAGACAAGCAAACAAAAACUCUAAUGUCAUAUAUCGUAGAUCCAAGGACACAACUACAUGAUUCCAGUGAAAAGCCAUGGCACAUGAAUGAAAGACAAACCCAGGUUUAAUGUUGUUCUCGAGAUCUGUAAUUGUAAUAUUUGUCCUCAUAUUUCUUAAUGUUUUAUGAAAUGUCUUUUAUCAGAUGGUGGUCCUCGCUCAGCAGGCUGGCGGGACCAUGGUGGUCCAGGAGAGAGUCGACGGAGGAAAUUUGAUUUUGACUUCCGGGACACUGACGGUCAUGGUGGUGGCCGCCGGCGGGCAGGCAGUGAGGGGUUGGAGGAUGACAGGGAUGGCCUGCCUGAGUGGUGUACGGAUGAAGAGGAUGGAGAGAUGGGCACUUUUGACUCCUCUGGAGCUUUCAUGCCUAUGAAGGUGUGUUCACUUUUGGAACAUUGACGCACUAGCUAGUAUUAAAAGAGUUCUGAUAACAAAGAUUUUCAUGUUCUUUUUUUAUGUCAAGACUCAAAAUAAGAAAUGUUGAAAAGUGAUCAAUUUUUCAUCAAAACUGUGCAAUACUUGUUUUAUUAACAUAUCACGUGGAUGAUCUAUGUUGCAUUGUUUGAUUUCUUUUACUUCUUGUUCUCCUCCAUCAGAAGGGUGGCAAGGAGACAAUCCUGGAGGAGGAGUUGGAGUUUAAGGGAAUAGAGGAGGUAGAUGAAGAGGAGAACCUUGCUGACACAGAGAGGAACAGUGCUGAGGGAGAGAAAGAGAAGGGUGAGAAAGGAGAUCACUUUUGUGAUUUAGGGUUUGAUUUUAUUUUCAUGUGUUUCUUGUCAAAUUGUAAAUUUCAAAUAACCUCCCGCAGCCCAAUGAGCUCAUUUGAUGAUUAUAUGUUAUAAAUGGACUACAUUAGCUGCUCGAUAGCUUGCUUAUGUGCUUUGGUCCAUUUAGCUUAUUGCAGUCCAAGGAAUUAAUAAAAAAAUUGUCAUCCAACUAAGCGUGUUCCUUCGCUUUUACCUUCCAGAGAGUAAAGAUGGUGGCUCUGCUGUAGUGGAUGCUGAGACCAAGCCAACAUCUCCCUCUUCCUCUCCUCCAGUCCACUGUGCCCCUCCGUUCCUGGAGCCUCGGCCCAGCAAUGCUGGCCCAGCAGUAGACAACCUUCUGCUGAAUAACAUCCAUGCUGUCAAAACCAGCAGCACACCCAGUGAAGGUUUGUCUGUGUUCUUGUUCCUAAUGCGAUGUUGGUGUGCGAGUGUACUUAUUGUUGCUACCAACACCAAAAUAGAUUCACUCAGGAGCAGUAUUAGGCAUCUGUUUAUUUAUUUAGGUGAAUUCUGUGGUUUCCAAGCACAUCAUAUUGUAAGGAAGUGAAGCCAUGAAUUAAACAGAACUUUAUGAUGAGUUGGGUUACAAAAAGAGUUAAAGACAAGUUUGAGAAUAUGUAACAAAAUGUGUUAGAGAUUUGUCAGGGGUUUUUCAGCCCCCUGCAGUAUAUUCUGAGGUAUUAAGUCUGAAGGUGACUUGUAAGCUGAAAAAUGACUUUUUAAACUACGUCAAACUUAAUACAUUGCUUCUUAGUGUUAAACUCAGUUUGAAUUAAUAAUGCCAUGUUCUGAACUAUAGCCAGCUUUACACAAGCUUUUACACAAGCCUGAAUUCAGCAGCUGACAGAGGUAUGCUUUUUUGUCACAUGCCUUUAUUUGCUUUACAGUAAAAGCCUCACAGGAAUGCCCUCUCAAAUCAGAUUAUCUACAUCAUGAAAGGUUUCAGUGUGAAAAAGGCACAGUGAAAAAUGCUCAAUUCUCCUCUCAAGGGAAUACUUCAUAAAUCAGUUUGGAAAAGGAAAAAGGGAAAUGUUUUCAAUAAAGAUAUGAGCAGGAACCAGUGUCUAGAUGUUCUCCCUAUCCAACAUUGGGCUAAUGCUUUUGUUGUAAAUUACAAAAUGCAGAUUCAAAGCCUUGAUAGUCUUUUCCCCUGGCUCUGGAUCUUCAAAGCUUUUUGUUUCUUACAUUCAGCCAGGCUCCCGAAGUGUCUGCACAGUGAAUGGGAAGUGGGACGAUAUUUAGCCACGUUGAUAUUUUGGUUUGAUACACAAUCUGUUUAGAGCAAGUCAUUUAAUAUCUUGUUUACUGAACCUGCUGUGCUUUCUGUACCUGACAUGGUGCUUGUAGAUUGCUUUUCCUUCACACAUCUGACAUCACAGACCCAUAAAUAGAGGCGCUAAGAAUAGAGCCCAUUGUUUAACAAAUGUUUGAUUGUCUUGUUAUUCUUUCAGAUGUGACUCCAGUAGGGGGCUCCAAGCUGCAGCUGAGUCCAAGCGUUGCCACCUCCUCCAGUCUGCCUCCUCCACCCCCUUCAUCUGCCGCUCCUCUCCUCCCUCCUUCAGGAGGAGACACAGAAGACGAUGAGGGCAUGAAGCACCUGCAGCAGGUAGGAACAAAAGGUGGCAUGUUUCCAGGAGCUGUAUCAGAAAGAUGAUGUAGUUGUAGCUGGACGCUCACGUAAGGCAGUAAAAUAAAACUAACAAGUUCUCAGAUGAUAAGGGGGAUAACUGAUAGUUAUGUUUGGAUAAAUAAAAAAGAGGAGGAAAAAGUUCAAAACAAAAUGUAAGGAAGGUCAAGAACAUUCAAACUCUAGCAAGUUCAAGAAGGACAUGAUCAAAGUGGAUUUCAGAAAAUGUCUUGGCACUCUGACUUGGCCAACAUGAUUUCCUAAGGCAAAGAAUCAACACUCUCAAAGCCUGUGGGCUCUGAUAGCAAACACCUUCUUGUUUGUUGCCAGCCCUUUAGAACUGACAGAAGACCUCUGUCAGAUGAUUGCAAGUUUGUACCAAAGUGUAUGAUACUUAGAUGACAGAAAUGUAGCAGGGAGAUAGGCCAUGUAACCUUUUAAGUAAUCAGUCAGAUCUGAGAUUGUUACAGCAUUGAAGUAGUUGAUAAAGAUUGGAGUUGAUAAAGAGAUUUUUGGUUCAAGGCAAGUAAAAGUGUCAGGUUUCGCUUUUCAGGCAAUAAAGUUAAUCCACAACAUGGAAAGACAGAAUGUCUGGCUAAAAAUCGCGAUCUCAGUGUCUUGUGUUUUUAAACGUUUCCUGCAGUGUCAUUUGAUUUGGUGUCCUAAGACAACCUGCAUGUGUAUGUAUGGUUAUGUGCAGGAGGCAGAGAAGAUGGUGGCUUCACUGCAGGACACUUCAUUGGAGGAGGAAUGCUUCACCCAGGCUCUGCAGCAGCAGCAAGAGAGCAGGAAUACAGCAGCUGCUCUACCACUGUCACAUGAGGCUGCCAUGAAGUGGUUCUACAAGGACCCACAGGGAGAGAUCCAGGGUAAACUUAGACACUUCAGUAUUAAAGCCUGGCAUAUCAAUUUAUGAGCACUCUGGAUUAAUUCAAUUUAUCUGCCUUUUCAUUCUACCCUCAACCAGGUCCCUUCACCACAGUGGAAAUGUGUGAGUGGUUCCAGGCAGGCUACUUUACCAUGACCCUGCUGGUUAAGCGGGGUUGCGAUGAGGGCUUCCAACCCCUGGGGGACGUCAUCAAGAUGUGGGGCCGUGUGCCCUUUGCCCCAGGGCCCUCCCCUCCGCCCCUGCUGGUGAGACAGCCACCACCAACGCAGCGCCCGCAGCCCACCCGAGGGCCCGCCGGGACUGUGAGUCAGAGCUCAGCCAACGUAGAGGAUGGGGAAGGGAGGAUGCAGAGGAGAGGAAAGAUUGAUAGACAGGUUACGGUAAAAACGACCAAUGAUUAAUUCCAAUUCAGUGUAACAACAGGCACUCAAUUUGUUUCUGAAAUGACCCCAACCUCAUUGAGAAAGCACCACACUAUGUUUUUAUUUUUAUUUUCUAAAGACCCACUCCGAUGAAAAUCAUGUUCAUGUUGCAUUUUUCUGAUGCUAGAGGACAUGUCAUGAGAAAACUAAGUGUAAAAUUGCUUUUCUGAUUAUGUCUGCAUUCAAAUCACUGUGAACCUGUGGCAGACCCAAACAGCAGGUUCAGAUUCAGUGGGAUUUUCUAUGUCAUACUCGGUAUAGAGGAUGAUGGUGGAGCAAAUCUGCGCAAUAGCGGAUUGCAAUGCUCGUAAGAAAGCUAAUUUUGAUAUUAACUUUCGUCAUGUCCCCAAAGACAACAGUGUUUGAGAGCUGAAUAGCUUCCUGCCCCUUCUGCUGCACCAGCAGUGUUAGGCUACAAGCUAGCAUGAAGAGGAGAGUGCAGAGCUGCACCGCCCAUGACUCAGAGGUGAAUUGGUAAUGAGCUACUGGAGCUCAGCACAGCUUAAAGACCACUGACAACACUUAAAAAAAAAAAAAAGAAAAUCGAUCGGAGUGGGACUUUAAGGAUAUAUUUAGAUCCAAGUUUUCAAGAAACAUGAAAUGCUCCUAGAAAUGUAAAAUUCACUGAUUGCAUCUGAGCUUCAUAAAAAUGGAGCAGAACAGUUUCCAUCACCUACAAAUGUGGCAUAGCCAACCAGAUAACUGUGCAUCUAUUACAGCAUGUAACUUUAUACAUUACAAGGAAAAUGCAUGCAAGUUGUGUAUCUUUGUGGCAUACUGAAGACUGCAGACAGGCUGAUGUGCUGCAGUCAGUAUUUACAAUAACCCUCUAAUAUGGCUGCAAAAAGAGGGAUAACAGCACAAGUGGUUCUCAGGCUGAGAUCACUAUUUAUCAGCUGUUUUAGCAACCAGAACUUAUAGAUGCGUUUAACUAAGUGUUUACUGCUCUCAUCUUUUCAGGGGAACCUAGAUCAGGAGCGCCUGAAGAAGCAGCAGGAGCUUGCAGCUCUGUAUCAGCAGCUCCAACAGCAGCAGCUAUUCCAGCUCAUUAACAGGUCAGUCUAUGGAGAGUGCAGGUUUCACCUGUUACAUGAAAAUUUCUUAUUUUUUCUCUUUGAAUUCAUUUAUGAGACCAGAUUUUGACAUUUGUAAUUCCCAUUUUGGGCCUACUUGGUGUGCUUUAGGUGCAGUGAGCCGGGUAUGAUGCCUUCUAUGAACAGAUCGAUGUCAGUGCCAGAUACAGGGUCCAUGUGGGACAUGCAUACCUCAGCUUCACAGCCGCCAGGUGCUUAUAAAAAAGCAACUUACUGUUCAAGUACAUGCUGUGACUACUCAGAAAUACUGUACCCAACAAAUAAAAUAAAUGAUUACAUAUGUCAUUUUUAAAUAGGCGGUGAAGCCAGUCUUUGGGACAUAACAAUGAAUCCUUCUACUCAGGGUCCAACACUCGAACAGCUUCAAAAGGUGGGUUUAGGUGAAUUUGACAUUUCUAAGGUCAUUAUAACUUGAGGUUUUCUAAUAAACAGUAUAAAGUAUGGUUUUUGUUGCUUCUGAUUCAGCUCCAGCAGGAGAGACGAGACGCUGAACUCAGGGCAAAGCGUGAGGAGGAAGAGCAGCGUAAGAGAAGGGAGGAGAAGAGGAGGCAACAGGAGGAGCAGAAGAGAAGGGAGGAGGAUGAGCUCUUCAGACGCAAGCAGGUGAGAUGAAUGUUGAAGAAAUUUGUGGAUGCCAACCAAUUUGUCAUUUCAGAACAUUAUGCAAACAACCCUUACCUGCAGAGUUUUGCAUGAUGUCAGCCUGUAAAAUAACAUAAGUGGUCGUCCUUAUAAUUUUCAUUUCAGCCCUUCUGUUAAGGGCCCAAAAAUGAUCUCAGAUUGAGUACAUCCAAGAUUGAGAUGUUUUAUAAGUUGAUUGUUUGGUCCCUACCUUUGAGGAUUUAAGGUCACGAUUGUCUUUAAGACAGGAAUCAUCAGUGGUCAUCAUCAUAUUGAAAGUGAUAUUGAUAAUCAUGUGUUCCAGCUUAAAGAUUUGGCUUUACACCAUUAUAACACAGAUUAUCUUUGUCUUUGUUGUCCCACAGUGUCGACAGCAGCAGGACCUGAUCAUGAAGUUGCUGCAGGCCCCCCAGCAGCAGGGUCCUGGGGCAGGUGGCUCAGGCUGGAGUGGGGCUUCCUCCUCUGGGCUUGGCAAGGUAGGGAAGCCUCAGGCUCUGGCUCUGCUGGAAAUGCAGCAGGAGACAGAAAGGCUCCUCAAGCAGCAGCAACAGCGAGCCCAGCAGCAGCAGAGAGAACGCGUGAGUGUACAAGCUUAAAUAACCUAUUUCUUAGAUUUCAUACGGAAAUCACUUAGAGCAAGACUAAAACUGCACGUUUGUCAUGAUGCUUUUUCUUUUUGUCUCCAGCACUGUGGCAUGUCCAUGGGGGGCUCCUCCAUGGGAGGGCAGUGGGUGGAUGGUGUCGGUAUGUGGGGGGGGCCUGGAGGUAUGGAGAGUAAGGGUGGCAGUGGAGGCUCUUCAGGGAGCAUGGGCAUGUGGGACGAGGCUGUGAAGAAUCAGUCUGGCCUGCGCGGCAACAGCAACAAUAACAUGGGCUUAAAGAACAGCCGCAGCAGCCCUUCACUCAGGUACAUGAUGAAAUACAAAGAGAUGUUUGAUUUUCUCUUUUGCUAAUGUCCGUACUGUCACUGUGGCAGAUACCACUGUGGUUUUGAUGAUAUUAGUGUUUUUAUUUUUAUGUGUCUAAGCUAAUGGGCAAAGAUAAUAUAAAUUGAACCCUAUACAUUCUCACAGUGAGCAGUACAUGAUGCGCCGCAAGCGUACUGAGGAUGAGGAGAAGCUGUUGAAGCUGCUGCAGGGCAUGAAGCCUCAGGACGGCUUCACCACCUGGUGUGAACAGAUGCUGCAUGCUCUCAACACCUCUGCCAACAACUCCUCCUCCUCUGUGGAUGGUAAUUUGUGCUGCUUUUAUGUUUUUAGCCAUUUCGAACACCAGGAGAAUUCACUCUCAGUGAAGACAGUUGACUCUUUUUGAUAACAGUUUAUUUCCAAACCUUUUCACUAUCAAUGAAAUCAUCUCAACAACUUUCACAUGUUCAGCUCUGUUUUGAUUAUUAUUAUUAUUUUUUUGCUAAGUUGCCACUAUUGUGGCAUACUUGAAGGAGGUGGAGUCUCCCUAUGCAGUGCUGGACUUUAUCCGGUCCUACCUGGGGGACACAGUGGAAGCCAAAGAGUUCGCCAAACAGUUUCUGGAGCGACGUGCCAAACAGAAAGCCAACCAACAGAGACAGCAGCAGCAGGUAUGCUGGAGCCCAUAGGUGUUUGGAUUGUGAGAAUACCACAUUUUAAAAACAAACCCCAGUUGAGUACAUUAUCCUCAAUAAAAUGAGCAUGAAGAGGUGGAAACUCUGAUUUACACUUGCUUUCCUCUGUAUUCGAAAGUGAAUGUCUGCCAUAUCCUCCUGUGGCUGCUUCAAGAACACAGAAAAAGGGGACUUCACAACAUAGAAAUGGCAGAAGCUGUUUUGUUUCAAGAUUGAUCAAUGGGGAGUCAUUGAGCAGAGAUGCUCGACGAUGACACUGAACUAACAAAAGAGCUCUAAAUGUCUUUUGAUAAACUGACAGCAGUCACAACACGCUUGAAAUCACCUUGUAUGUGUCACACUGUACAGCCUCAGUAAGGGCAGGUCUGAAACAUAGGUUUAUAACAGUAGGACAUACCAUGACUCUGGAAGUCCCAAAAGAUGGCAAAAACUGCAUGCUCUACCACAGAGGUGGACUGGUUGUCCAAAGUGAUGGAUUCAGCCACCUUCUCUGUAAUCUUUUUAUCUUUUCACUCUUCCUUUGUACUUUUUAAGUGUGUUGCUUUGGCACAGCAGCCUUUUCUUCUGUUGGUUUAAUGAAUGCAUGUUUAGUUUUUAGGAGUCAUAUUACAUUGUAAGUGCAGAGAUAGACAUUAGACUAAAUUGAAGAUCACUACUUUGACCACUGUUCCAGGAACAUUACUUUUGUUUUGGCAGUAACAGUCAAUAGUCUACUCAGCAGAUAGAAGAAACGAUCUGAUCUGAUGCAAAAAAAAAAAAAAUUUUACUCGUGUCCUUUUCAGCCAUCUCGGGCAGUGUGCCUGUGCCCUUCUCUCCCUUCUGCUCUCUUAUUACCUUUUAACUUUUCCUUGACUGUUCUGAUGAUUCUUUUUCCUUUGGGUGUUUACUUUUGCCGGGCUUUUGACCAGGAGCCAAUGAAUUUAAAAUUGUACUAGCUUGAGCGAAAAACCGUGCUUAGGUCAAUAUGCGAAAAUUUACCUUGAGUGCUCGCAGGAGUGACAACUGUGAAGCUCUUCUUAAUAAAUCAUCUUUAGGGCAUCAGGACCAGUUGGCCAGUUAUAAUGUCAAGGCAUGUAGUUGAGCCAAGCAUCCAGGGUGUAAUGUACAGUAACUGUAUGCACUUCGUAAGAAAAGUAACAGUACAUUGAUGUGAAACUGCACUUACAGCUUGAAUCGUAUUGCAUGAACACACAUGAGAACAGCUAACUGGAUUACAGCAAUAACGGCCACAUAUGGCAGUCUAUGGUCGCUCUUUAGAGACUCAUGGUUCAAAAAGCAGGAAGAUAUAUCAAACACAGGAUAGUCUGUUGCAGUAGUAUUGAAGUGGCUCCACUGCUACUGAGAAACAUUCAUGUUACACAUAUGCCAGUAGCUGAUACGCAGAUAUUUACACCCUCAUUUGCAUUAUAUAGCAAAUUGUGCUCUAUUUACAUCAGCCAAUAUAAAUGGCAAGGGUAAAAUGAAUGUCUCAAAUUGCAGAUCCCAAAUAAAUAUGAAAAAAUUGCCCAGAUUUACUCAUAACCUGAUAGCUGAGAUUGGGAUCAACACAUUCUUGAUACAUAUCUGCUUAAUCAGAAAAGUUGCUAACACUAAAGUUCAGGCUUUGACCCAUACUUUCACAAAUGACACCGACAGACUGCAGAUAAGGCAGAGGAAAAGUUUGGAGUCUGUUUUUCCUAAUAAUUAUGUCUUCAUUUCUUUCCAUGUAUCCCAGUUAUCAAAGGAAGUGGCUGGAAUGAACAUGAACUUCCCUCUGCAGGUAAAUACAGAUCAACAACUAUACUGAGAAAAAAAAAAAGAAUAACAUGGGAUUGUUAGUGCAAACUAGCAUUGUUAAUUGUGGUUGUGUCUUUUUUUGCAACCACAACAGCUCUCCAUUUCUUCAUUAUUCAUGGCUUGCAAGUAUCUGCCACAAUGUUAAUUUUCUUCUUUUAUUUUUUGCCAGGACUCAAUGCGAGGUAUGAAUCCAAGCACCCUGCAGUCCAUGUUUCAAGCCAAUCACAUGAGCAAGGCUGGUCUCUAUGACAACCAGGGGGGAAAGAUGAAGAAAAAACAGCCCAUGAUGCUGCACUCUGACCCCAGCAUCUUAGGUAUGUGACCUAACAAGCUAGUAAUGUUCCCUUUCUUUUGAAUACAAUUCUCUACAUGGUCUGAACUGUUUAAAGAGGGAUGUGAUUCUUCUCGAUUUUUGGACUUCUUCUAUGAUUCUAUGAUUGUUAACCUUAAGAGAUGGCCCGCAUGAACCAUAACUGUACACAAAUUAUACAAAUAAAUGAAAGAGGGGGGUAAAAGGCAUCCAUUCUAGCUGAUCCUGUGUUUUAUCUUUAGAGUCCGAUACAACCUUUGCCUUUAGCUAAUGGCACAGUAAAUGAUGCAGUGCCAAUAAACUGUAGUUCAGUUUUGAAGAGGGCUUUGUUUCUGCAUGCCUCUGUAAUGUUUGACCAGAUUUGUUGUCCAGAAAUCUGUGACAUCAUUCAGAGAAGCUGUGCUGGUUAACUACGAAAUAAAAGUCUCUCUCUGUGUGCAUGCUACUCAGAGUGAAAUUAAUCUAUCAAAAUGGGCCAUGCAUCUUGACAAUAUGUCUGUGUGUCUUGGUUUAGAUGGAAUCACUGUAUACUUGCAUAUUCGAUCAAUAUGACACAGUACAUAAGCCCGAAAUGAAAGGGGCCCUCAUGCUCUUAAGAUUAACUCCUGGACUGCAUCUUUGUCCCUUUGCCUACAGUCUAAGCCAGCCCUUCUAACUCCCUCAUGUCUCAUCCUCCUCUGAACUCUACUCUGCUCUCUCUGUCUCCUCUCUCCUUGCCCAUCCCUUGUCCUCCCUCCAGGGUACUCAUUCCACAAUGCGGGCGACUGUCUGAGUCUGAAUGAGAUGGAGAUGGUGGAGGAUUACUGAUGUGACGCAGCGCAGCAGCAAUAGCUACCUGAGGCCUUCUGUCUUUUAAUCAGACAAACCUGAUGACGAAUGUGCACUGCUGGGGGAACCGGGGGGUGAGGGUAGGAAGGGAGCUAGUGUAAGGGGAGGUGUAGAGGGAAGGCGCCUGGAAGUGUGCCUCCCACUCUUUCCUUCCUUCUGGGAAGGAUAAAAGGGCUCCCUGCUGUACCAGUUGAUCACUUGAGCCUGGGAGAGGGGUGUGAGUAGGGUGAGGUUAAAAGGAAGAUGGGUAUCCUCUGGCACUCAAAAGAUUAGCACCUUAUACUGAACUAAUGCACUUUAUUGAGAUGGGAUUUGAAUAGUUUUUUUUUCUUGUGUGUGUGUGUGUGUGUGUAUGUUGAGAAUGAGUGCACAUACACAUUAUCUGUGUGCAUGUGCAGUGAAACUGGAAGGGGGCAGAGAAAUAGUCGAUGGGGUGAAUGGUCUGGAUGUUAGGUUUUCAAAGUCAGGGGGACCUUUAGUUGAAACCUUAUCAGAGAGCAAAUCCUUUCUCAAAAGACAAACACUGUUGAUAUUUCUCUUGUUUAGCAUUUUUUACGUUUAUAUAAAAAGUAAAGCUAUUGAAAAAUGGAUUAUAAAAAACUUGAAGAUUUGCACUUGCCUAAAAAAGAAAUAACAAAAACAACAAAAAAAAUCAAACAAAUGGGGUUAGUUCUAGAAGUGAUUAUUUUUUUGAAUGUGUAUGAAUGACUGAGAGAGUAACUGAUGUGUGAUGGUUGGUUUGUGUCAGUAAUGUACCAGUCUGCACAAUGUUUUUUUUUCUUCUUUUUUUGUUGCUUACCAAGAUGUAUGAAACAUAAGAGGCCAUUUUUUUGUCUUUUUUUGUUCAAAUGGUAAUUUUGUAUUCUCAUGUUAAGAGUGUGUGUUUCCCUUCUCCAAACAGGGACUUUGUAUGUUUUGAGAGAGUGAAUGGUUGAGAGAGAGAGAGAGAGAGAGAGGCCAAUUGCACAACACAUCCUUUCUCUCACCAGCUCUUCAUCACCAGAUAGGCAAAGUAGAAAUGCAUACAUUUGUAAAUGUUAGCUUUGUACUCAUCCUGUGAUGACCACCACUAGUUUAUUUCCCUUAGCUUCUCCACAUGGAGAUCUGUCUGCUAACCUGUGAGGCCUAGCAGACGGAGCAAAUCAUGAGGGACAUUACUGUGUGUGCAUCAGAGUGAGACUUUGUGUGAGAAUGUGUGUUUGUGUGCAAGUGUUUUCAGUGAGCAUGCUCAUUAACUGUUCAUAGAAAUGAGUUAAGACUACAGGUACUCAUUUUGAAUACAUGUGCUCUUUCAGUAUGUGUAUGAAUGCACAUUUGUGCCUAAGAACUCUGAUAGGGUGCGUGGCCAUUGAGACAUUAACUCUUUUUUGAGAGCGAGUGUGACGUGUGUCAGUGCUCAGCACAGUGUAUGUAAGUUUAUAUCGUAAAUAUUUCUUGUUCAGUCUAAGGGUGAUCCAUCAGAAGGUUAGUCCAGUCUGUUUUCCUGGGGUGUGAUCACAUUGCCUUUUGUCAGCUCUCGAACUUGUGAAUGAAAGGUGUCGAGUUUCUGACUCUGAAAAAAAAAAAAUACAGCAUCUUAUUGUGCAAGUGCACAGAAUGGUGCAUGAAAUGUUAGCAUAUUGUGUUACUUCUUCGUUGUUGCAAUUUGAUGACGAGUUUUGUUUUUCUUUUUUAAUGAAAAAUAUAUAUGAAUAUAUACAUUAUAUACAAAGUUUAAAAGUAUUUGGACUAAGAUAACGAGCACUUGGGGCUGCUAUUUUUGUUGUGUGUUUUGAUUUUUUUUUUUCCUUAAUUUGUUUUUCAUUUUUGUUUUCACUAUUGCCAUGUGAAGUGUGUAUUUUUUCUUUUCUUAAGAAAAUAUUGAAUGUAUUCCAAAAAAAUGACAAGAAACCCGUGCUGAUACCAGAUAUUAUUUUUUUCCUCAGAAGAUUUCAAAAUACAAAAAAAAGCUUCAAAGAGUUUAUGGAAGACUUUUUUUUUUUUUACACAGUGGAGAAAAAAAAAAAAAACUUGGGAUGGAUACAGUUGAACACACUGCCUCUACAAUCCUGGUCGUACAAAUAAUGACUGAGAAUUUAAAAGAAAGGACUCUUUCUAUUCCAUACUGGAGCUUUGGUUGUUUACAAACCACAUGGAUAUCUGUGGGUGCAGUUUUUUGUUUGUUUUUUGUUCAUUUUUUGUUUUUGUUUGUUCCCAUAUAAACAAUGGGUGGGGUUUGCAAGUGCGCUUCUGCCAUUUGGACAUUGAGUGGUGUUGGUUUGAGGAAGAGCUUCAGGCGGCGCAAACAUGGACAAGAUCCUUUGACUUCAUAUGUUUGGAAUUGGAGCCUGAAACGCGACGAUCAAACAUGGAGCAGUGGUGUGAAAAUCAAGGACGGGCUGUUUUGUGGAGAACGGCAUGCAGGGCUGCAAAACCCUGGAGGGAACUUUGAGGGCGGUACGAGUACACCUGGUUAGUGCACUCGUCUUCACCUCAACCCUCAUGAGCACUCACACCCUGCCCUCACCAACUCACCUAUGCACUUUUGUUCAUUCAAGCUGUGAGGUACCUUUUUGGGGAUGGGAGCACAAUUACAACAGGAGGAUCGCUACGACUUUGACAAAGUCACUGAAAAAAUAUUCCUAAACUGAAAUAAGAGACUUCAGAAGCAUUGUCUUCUUCCAUCUCCUGUAUAUAACCAUAUUUUUGUAUUAAGAAUAGAGAGAAAUUUGAAAAUGGAUGAAGGAAAAAUUCAUGAGACAUUGCUUAAAUGGAGUGAAUGUUCUUCGAGAAUACCAAUCUUUUUUGAAUAUAGUUUGAGAUAGACUUGCUGUGAGUUUCCCUUAGUUUGCCAGUAACCCUGUAAUAAUCAGGGAUGGAUGGGAAAACCACAUGGACAUGGACUGAGGUGUUGGCUCAGAGACUGAUAGCUACUUAUCAAAACGGAUGUUUUUGCAGUUGCUAACAAAGAGCCUCACCAAGAGUGUUUGAUCAACAUGCACAGUAAACAGACAUGGGUUUGGAGAGCUGUUGGCAAGGAUGCUUCCACUUGGUCGACCAACCUGAUGACUGUCUUGUGUGAUGUGACUGCAGAAGGAACAAUCCUUGGCAUUGGUAAGUUUUUUUCUAACUUAACUGGAUACAUUUUCUCCUGGCUGGUCUUGUGGAACUUUUUAUAACAGCACCGUUUGGAUGAUUGAGUGAUGAUCUCUUGCUCUUGCUCUUUGUCUUUGUCGAUACAGGAUUCUGGCUGUACUUUAUUUGCUGCCCUCUGCAAGGAGGAUCUUAUCUACAGCCAACCAAUGAACCAGUUAAACCCUUACCCUGCCCUUUGAACUGAACCCUAAGAAACUUUCUUGUCUCCUGUUGGACUAGGCAAGCCAGUGGCAUUAUCAGUCGGAUAGUUUCCAGAUAAAGUUGCAGCUUUAUCGAUCCCAUCUGUGUUGGAAGUGUUCGUGUUUGGGAUUUGAUUGGGUGCUGUCUGGCAAGGAAGAGGAUAAAGAGGCAUUAAUUGCUCAGAUGUCAUCAGCAACUUUGCCUGAAACCAUCAGUUGGUUGUGUGGAAUUCUUCUAACCAGCAGGACAGAAGAUUUGCCCCCCUGACCAGAUGGCAGAGGCUGAGUGCUGGGCUGGAUUGCAGCAAUGGGGAUGGAUGAACUGAAACCAUUGUACAAAAAAGACUUUGAAACACAACAAAACACAAAUACAUAGCUACAUGUCAGAUUCUAGUGUUUGAAGAAGUGGCAGACACACUACACGCACACCAACAGCAAGCAACAUUAUUUCAAGUUACAUUGGCUCUUCUCAAGAACCACGUCUGCACACCUAACAGGGCUACAUCAAUAUCAGAUCAUAGAUUCACACACAAGCAUCAAGGCUCAGUAGUAUAAACACUGAGCUGUGUAAAUAAUGUAAAAGUUUGUGUUUUGAUUUUCCUCAUAGUGGGUUUUGCUUUAUUUCUCUAACAUGCCUUAAAUUGUAUAGUUCAGACCUAAUGGCUAACUGAAAAUGUUCUCUGAAUGAUGAGUUGAAGUUGGAAAUCACCUUGACUGUCCUGUAAAGCCAAUGAAAGAAAAAAGUUUUCUAAAGAGUUUUCUGUUAACCUGCUUUAUUACAAACCACCUUGAGAGUUACUAGUUGGCUACAAAAUAGAGCAUAAAGUGAUCUUUGGUUUAUCAAUUUUUUGGUGGUUGGCUUUUGUUGCCCUUUUGGUUUCCUUUAAAUAAGGAGUGGAUUUGUCUCGAUUUCCUGUCAGAUUUUUUUUUUUUUGCUAAAGGUCCAGGCUUGAUAAAGGGCUGAGUCUGUACUGUCAGGAGCUGAGCUGACCAGAAUGAAUGGACAAAAUUGGCUCAAAGCACAGAUUCUUACUGUGUGACAACUGUUGUUGGAUGUACUGCAAUUGGUGAAACUGAACCAGAGCAACAGGUCCACCUUAACAUGGCGGGCUUUAGGUUCACUUCUAACACUCCCUGUGUAUUUAGCAGUUUGGAAGCUACUAAAUGCUUUUUACUGUUUUAGGAUGUCAAAUCAGAAUGAUUAGAAGAAAGAGCAUGCAUGAAUUGAUAAAUUUGUGGAUUUUGACACUAAACCUGGAGGUGGGCCCCAGUGUGUCCUUGUUUGCCUCUGCUUUGCGCAGCUGGUAGUGCUGCUGAUCAUCUUUGGCACUGAAUAGUCAAGAAAUCUUCCUGUUUGUUAACUGUCCAAAAGGAUAUUCCAUUCACCAAAAUUUUGAUAGUGUCUUGUUCCACAUACACAUUUCAUUGAAUUUGAGAGAUUACUGCUUUUAGUCAACUAGGUUUUUUUUGUUAACUCAAGAACAGUUUGCAGUUUUUAAUCCAGUGGCAACUGAUUUUCUUGAAAAAUCAUGUGUUAAGGCUCUCCAUAUAUGUAUGCUUCACGAUGCUGUGAUUUGGGGGAUAGUUACAUGCAAUUGCUACUUUUUAAAGUAGCCACAGUACUGUAUGUGUUAAAUUGAUACUGAUUGAAUAUUAAAUGGUUAAACACUUCAGUGUUAGUACUGUUGUAAUCAGUUGCCAAAACAAAGAAAUCGACUUUAAUCUUAUACUAUCAAAUCUCUUGUUUAUAAAUGACUUUAAAAUACUUAUGUUGGCAUUUUAAAACCUUAUAUUUUGUGAUGUUGCUUUUUGGUAAUUCAUUCUGUCUGUAAAAAGUAAAUUGAAGUUUUUGCAGAUUUAACUGCACUACGCAUGCUUUUAUGAUUACAUAGACUGCAAUGUUGUUGGGGGAAAAAAAUUCUCAGAUGUGAGGUUGCAGGCUAUAAAGUGAUCCUGUAACAGUCUGUUUCUUGAUGAUAUACAAUUUAUGAUCUGGGUUAGUUUAGCCACUAGCUGUAUAUCCAAAAAUGCUGCCAAAGAGAAAUAAAAGUCAUGUCCCUGUCAGCUCAGCUCCAUAGCUCAAGAAGAAUGAAUGUUGUUAAAAACACAGCAUACAUGAAACUGUUUUGAACAAGAACAACUAAAUGAUGUGUAAAUAGUUUAGCUUUUGUUUGUUUGAAGAACAAAAUAAAUAUUAAUAAACAGCAUUUAAUCUUGA